AUGGAGGCUGCGACUCUUGCCGCCGCCGCCACCACCUUGGACGUGGCUGGAGUGCGCAUUUCCCCGCCCGAGCUGCGCUUCCUGGACGCGGUGCCUGGAGGCCAGUACCGGGCUAUGCUGAGCAUUCAGAACCUGCAGCCUCAAAGUUGCUUCCUUCAAGUAUUGCCGCCGCAGCGACCUCAGUUCAAACUAAUUGUGGAAAACCCAAAGAAACCAGUUGCUUCUGGCCUUCACAUAACAGCCGCUGUGGAAUAUCAUCCUGAUAGUGAAGAAGACCUUCAGGAUAGACUGCUCCUUUAUGUAGACAAAAAUAUAAUUGAGAUUCCUCUAACAGGAUUAAUUCCAUGUUGCUGCUUAGAAAUUGCACCUGAGAUAAAUUUUGGCACAGUGAUUGCAAACAGUAAAGUAAUCAGUAAGGAAAUUAAAAUUGCUAACCAUGGAUCAUCUUCAGGUACAUUUAACAUAAAUUAUAGAGGAAGUGUUCACAUUGUUAUAGCACCAACCAGUGGAGUGGUAGAACCCAAAACAUUUCAAGUGGUUAAAAUGGAGAUCUGUACCGAUAUCCCAAGGGUCAUUAAUCAAACAGCCAUUGUGGAGUUGCAGGGAAGUUCCAAUGCUCAUAUAAUGAUAAAAGCCAAUAUAGUGGAGCAGAUUAUCGAAAUAUUGAGUGUGCCUAAUUCAGACACAAUAAAACAUGUUCAUUUUGGGUGUGUCUAUUUUGGUACCUCCAAGACUGAAGAAGUAAUUCUUCACAAUAAAAGCCCAGAGCCCAUGGACUGGGUGGCCAUCCUGCAAGAUAAUGCUGUUGGCGGAGAGAUGGGCACGGUCAUUCAAAAGAGCACAGAUGCUGCUUUGCAAGACUUAAAUUACAGUGAUAAUAAAUCACAGCUAGAUGUUUCCACUCUGAUUUCAUGUAUUCCCAAUGAAGGAACACUAGAGCCUUACCAGAAGAUUGUAGUUUUUCUUUGUUUUAGUCCAAAGCAGUUGAAAAGGGAUGUUAAAUGUGAUAGAACCCUGUCAAGACAAGAUUAUGCUCUGUUUCUAAAGUUUGAAACUGUAGGAAGUACAGAUGACUUUUUGCAAAUGCUGACUGAGGAUAACAAUUCUACCAGAGAGAACCAUCUUCAUAAAGUUGAAUUGGCUUUGACAGGCUCAGGACUCCCUGUCAUGUUAACAUUCAGCCCAGGACCAACUGUUAAUUUUAUGGAAUGCUUCUUGGGUGAACAUACAGAUAUUGUUUGCACACUCAUUAAUCAAUGUGAUACUCUUCCUGUAGCAUUUGCUUUUCGUAAGAUUGCACAUUUUAAUAUAUGUCCUGAAAAAGGAAAAGUAAAAGCAAAAUCUUCACAGGAUGUACUGUUUUCGUUUUUCCCACGUCAUAUAGGAACAUUUAAAGUGAAGCAGGUGAUAGAUAUCAUUGGUCCAGUGGCAACGAAAGAUUGUUUACCAAAUCUGAUGAUGAGAUCUUUUCAUCAAAUACACUUAAAGUUUUCUGGCACUUGCAAGUCUGUCACAAAUAAAGCUGUGUUGAAAAACAAUCUUGGAGUACUUGUAGCCAACAAGGAGGAUCAUGUAACACCAAUGGCACUGCUUAAAUCUGAUCGAACACAAAUUCAUGAUCAUGUUCUAAACAGAAACUUUAAUAAUGCACUGGUAGCUCUUCCUAAUGUUCGUCCAACUAGUAUACGGCCCAGUGAAUGGAAUAACAAUUACAGGACUAUUUUCACAAAGGUUCCCAGAUAUAAUUAUGUCGAUCCAGAAUACUCUUACACAGCAUAUGAAGAACUGGAAAAACAAGCGAAUAAAGAUUACUAUGCAGACUAUAUUCGAAAUUUAAGAAACCGUCGUUUGCAUAAAGGAGCUUCUAGGAUCUUUGAAAAACUGAAUAAUUCUGUUGAGAUAGGGUUACAGCCAGCAUCAGGGCUGAAAUCACCAAGGUUAAAAGCUUUACCACAAGAUAAGUUUGAGGGAAAUGCUGAUUUUGAAAUUGGAAGUAGCCUGCUAACUAGUCAAAAGUUAGCAGCAAUUAAAUCUAAAUCUAUAGAGAAAGAGGAUAAUGAAUGUCUUCAUGCUGUGCCAUCCUCUCCACAAGAGAAUGAAGAUUGUAGUUUAAUUUUGACACCAAAGCAGCUUCGUCAAAUAUUAAUUGGCCCUUCUACGAUUGACUUUGGAGAGGUUUGUGUGCAUUCUACAUCUAUCAGAAAAAUGCAUAUUGUAAAUAAUCUCCCUGUUCGUGUUUGGAUACAAGUAGGAAUUGAAAGUGAAGAACUACAACAAACUAGCCCUUUGUCUCAUGUCAUGCCACCUCAUUCACAAACGUAUAUUCCGGUUGUGUUUGAGACUGACAAACUAGGAAAUUUUCAAAAGUCCUUUAUGUAUACAAUAAAUCAACAUCAUACUGGGCAUGUGCUGGUGGUAGCAAAAGUAGCACCUGUUGCCUUGGAGCUAUCAACAAGGGAGCUGACUUUGUAUCCUACUUUUAGUUUCUUGGCUGAAAGUGGGUUUAGAACUACGGUCACACUGUAUAACCGCAAAAACUAUCAUGCGCAAUUCACCUGGAAGCCUGUAAUCACAGAUGAAGGAAUGGCUUUUUCCAUAUGCCCUGACAAAGGUACUGUAGAAGCCUGUAAAGACUUAGAGUGUGAAGUAGUUUGGCAUCCAAGUUUCUCAUCUCCAGUAACUGGAGAAUUUGAUUUAUGUGUGCAUCAAGGAAAAACACUUAAAUUAAAAUGCUUCGCAAAGCUUGGUUCCACCAGUGUUCAGUUUAAGGAACAACGGAUAACUUUUAACCAUGCUCCUAUACAUUUAACUACCUGCAAAAUAGCUAUUCUUCAAAACGUGGGACAUAAUCAUGCCUACUUCCAGGUUGUCGAUGCCAAUCCUCUUCCUGGAAUGGUUAUCACUCCUUUUCAGGGUGUAGUACCUGUGGGAGGUCGUACUGAACUCAAAAUCUGCUUCACACCUAAUGCGUUAAUGAAAUUUGAUAGCAGAGUGGAGGUUGCAGUACGGCAUGCCAAAUCUUUGGAGCUUAGGAUUGGUGGAUCUGUAGAUGUUCCUGACAUAGAGCUCAGUAUGCACUCAUUUGUCUUCCCUGGUGUUUAUGUUGGCUCUACCCCCAAAAUCCCAUUUUUUAUUGAGAACAAAGGCAAGACAUGCGCCAGGGUGACAUUUGAUUUAUCCAAUCAUGAUGACUUUACACUACAGUUUAUUUCUCAGCCAGAUGCUUGCCAUUCACCAUCAACUCCUCAUUUGUAUACUGUGACCAUAGAUGCAAAUUCCACUUUGGAAUGUUCGUUGAAUUUCGCACCAAAAGAAGUAAGCUUAUGGGGUAUCAAAUAGGCACAUGAAAUUUUACCAUAAGGGAAAGAAGAUUUGUUGUAAGCUACAGUCACAAAAACCUGUCCCACU